UAAGGGGGGUCCCCUAACCUAUCAAUAUUUUAGUCAGCAUAAGCGAAAUACUAAAUUAGUAACUGCUGAGUUUUACUGAAUGUAGACUAUAUCUAGCAAGCAUUUUUACAUAAUGUUGCAGAAACGAUUGAAAAUUUGAGCUGAUUGUUUACAUACAUGCAAUAGUAAUCUUCGUUUGUUGUUAGUGAAAAUAAUAGUGCACCGUUUUGGGAUUAUUCUCAACAGAAUUAGACACUCAAUUGAAAUUUUCUUAGAACAGAAAAAUGUCUUUUCCAAAUAAGGAAGAUCGAAAAAAAUGCUGGGAUAACAGAGAUGCAUAUUGGACAUGUCUAGAUACAAAAAAAUCAGAAGAUAUGUGCACAGAAUUUAGAAAAUUAUAUGAACAAUUUUGUCCAUCACAGUGGGUAAAACACUUUGACAAAAGAAGAGGAUAUUUAGUUUUUAAGGAAAAAUUAGAGAAAGAAGGUUUUGCAAAAGAUAUCGAGAGUCAAGUACCAUCCAGCUGUUCUGACUUGAUACUUCGAAGACGAUCAUUUCAUGCCUUCUCACCACGAAGAUUCAGUACAAUUAAUUGAAUUUUUACAAAACCGCAUAAAGUAUUACUACAGAGUAACUAGAGCAGAUAAUAACCUAUGAUUGUUUAGAUGAAAUAAAUAAUUA